CAGGUGCCCUAAAAGGGAAAUAACUUUUUCUUUUCGAUACCGUAAGAGUUUCUGAUUAAUAAUUGCAAAGUUUUUAAAAUGUGUUGUACAGCAUAUGUAGCUACCAUUGUUGCUGGAGUCCUUAGUAUUUUCCAAAGUUUUGCGAACCUUUCCUGGAACAUACCUAUCUUAAUAAGCCUUGGAUGGAAUGAAACACGAAUGAAUCCAGUGAUAGCUUUCAAUGCAAUGAGAAUGGAAAAUCCUUUUGGAAUCUUUGGAAUUACAAUGAUUUUAUCAUUUUUGAAUUUGUUAUUACUCGUCUUUUCUUGUCUGAUGCUCAAAGCAAAUGCGAACCUGAGAACUGGUUGGAUCGGAGCGUGGUGUAUAGUUAUAUUAAUACAAGCAUUUUUUCAGUCGGUUAUAGGAUCAUAUUAUUUUUACAAAUAUUGCAGUGGGACUCAUUAUAGGACAAAGGCAUAUUUUAGGCUUGCGGCAUUGUUUUCAGGAGUUUUCUUUUUUUGGCCAGCAAUAAAUUUGGUGUUCUGCGCAUUUGUCCUGAAGCGAUACAGAGAUAUUUCAAAAUCCGAUGCACCUGUGGAUAUUGUAGAUAGAUCAACUUCCCGCCAAGAAAGCUUACCUCCACCAUAUACUCCUGGGUCCUUUUUAGAGCCUCAAAGAAAUACAGUAGAUCCCGCACCUGUUAGUGGAUGGAGUGAUGAACCGUUGUUGCGUUUUGAUGACAUUUCACCCAUUGAAAUUGCUACGAACAGAGAUGAACACUAACCAGAGGAAAAAAGCUUUUGAAAAAACUGGAGCACUGCUGCUGUUUCAGUCACUCUUGAAACAUUCGAUCUAAGAUGAACUGAAAUUGGAGUUCGUGUUUUGUAUACUAUGCAGAUGAUUCAAGUUGUAUCAACUUGUACAAUAGCUUUGAGAAUUUUGACAGGUUAUGUUUACUCAUUUGCUUCUUAUCAAUAACAAUCAUAAACUCAGUUUAUGUACUUGAAAUUUUGAGCUCGAAAUUCAUCCUAAAGUUCUGAUCAAAAUAAAAUUAAAACACAGAAAAAUCAACUUUCGAUUAAAAAAUAAAAGAAAUAAUGUUACUGAAUUAGCGUGUGAGCUAAAAACAGAUAAUUUAAGAUUAUUUUAUAUUUUAACACUUUGAAAGUCAUGAAUCUGAAAAAUUAUUUUAAAGCUGAUUAUUUAUUUUAGGAAUGAUCCUGUUAGGAUCUAUGACGUUUAUUACUAUUUAAAUAUUUCUUUUGGGCCGUGGUGGUCUGACCGGUAGGCGGUGGAUUCUUGAGUGAAGUGUCGUGGGUUCCAUUUCAGCCGGUUGAAGAUUCCCUGUGUACAUUAAUGGUAACUGGUGCGCCUAAAAUUUGUCGUGGUAACAAAGUACUCUAUACUCCCAAAGUAAAUUGAUACCUCUGGGGGUACUGGAGCAGGAGUUUGGGACCUCUGUGUUGUAUGAAAAUGUCGACUAUAGUAUGUGGUACUGCCAUCUACAGUACGUUGUCACAUUAGUUCACCCUCCUUAUGAGGCAAUUUCACCCCUCUCUCCCAGAAUUGUGGUGCAUGAAAACAAUCGUAUCUGGUGAACAAUUUUAACGUUUUUGAUUUGUUGACAUAAGUUCUCUCGCUGCAGUAUGAGAAAUUUUCAGCAAGCCAUCUUUUUUUUAUGCCCAUUGUUUGCCAAAAAAAGUAUGUUGUUUCUUUAAAUGAUACACAGGCUCUACAGACAACAUUUUGACAGAGUUUUAACAUUGUAGAGUUUUAACAAGCUCUACAGACGGUAUGCACUGAUCAUUUCAAAUAGUGAAAUACACUUAGUGGGGCAGCCACACAAAUGGUAACUCCAAAUAGGUCUUCAACAGCGACUUAUAACUCCAAUGGCACAACUGAAAAAAAAAUCGAUUUCAAUUGUCACUUACGCGAUGUUUUGUUUUAUUUUACUAUUGAAAUAUUUACUGAAUCAUACUCAUAUAACUACAGUAUACAUAUAUGAGUGUAUAAGGGGAGUCGGAGCACAUUGGUUCGAUUUCCGCGUUUCAUUUUUUAUCUUAUCAAACAAUUAAAUGAGCAGUUUGAUUUUCUACCCUAAGUUUAAUUAAAUGUUUCUCAUUAUUCCAAAUUCUUUUGAAAAUUUUGAAUUUAUAAAAUGUUUUACAUUAACUUUUUAACAAAACUAUGUAAAGUGGACCAACGUGCCUCGUGCUUUGAUCCACUUCAUUGGGUAUGUUGGAUCGCAUUAAGGUAGCAAAUUAUGUUAAUUUUAGUGAGAAAUAGUAUCCAAUAUUGUAACUAAUUUAUUUUGUUUUAUAUUUAGAAAUAAAAACAUAACGUUUAAAUAUCAAUACCUACCAAAUUAUUUUUAAUUGAUAAAGCAUAUUUAAUUAAAAAUAGUAAUUUGUAAUCACCAGCAGUACAUAUAAAUUUUAAAGAUCAAAAGAAAAAUUAAACAUUUAAUACUUAUCAGCAAAUUGACGCGUAUUAAAAUUGGUUGAAGGUGUCUAAUGAUUUUUGAGUAAAAUUCUGCUACUCCCAAACCAGACACUGGGUUCUGAAGUCAGUUUUAUGCACAUAGUUGCACCAUUAGCAAUUGCUGAAAAAAUAACGCAAUUUUUUUUUUACAUUACAUCUCAUGAAACAAAUCUAAUAAAUCUAUUCAACUAUUUUUGAAGUAGUUAAUCCAACCUAAUACUAUCGUCGAUAAUCCAGGUAAAUAAUAGUUUAGUGCAAGGGAAGUUCAACGAACCAGGACUCUUCUAUUCUAAACUCUCGUUUGUCAAAAUGCCAAAUUUCUUAGUCUUUCUUCUGUGCAAAUAGACAAAUAUAAAACUUUAUAUAGUACUAGUUACUGGAAACUAGCUAUCUGAAAAUCAAAAUAGACGAAAUUGUUGUAGCAUUGUAGUAGUAUAUUCCACGACUAGAAAAAUGUGCAAAUGAGAAUAUAAUGUAAGAUAUUUAUAUCUCAUAAUUUAAAUGGGUAAAAAUAGUGUAUAGUCGGGAAACGAUCAAUUAAUUACAACCCUGAGGUAAAAAUGGAGUAAUGAACAUAUGGAAUAUUUAAAUGGUGCACUACUUUAGUGGUCAACUUAAACAGGUGGUCAACUUACAGAGGUUGAUUUAUAUGAUAAGCGCUAAUUCCGUGCCUGAAAAAAGUGGUCAACUUAGACGGGUGGUCAACUUACAAGGGUGGUCAACUUCACAGGUUUUACUGUACUUUGUUUUUAAUGAAUUGUAAUUUGAAGUGUUUUUCCUUUCGAAUUAAGCUUUGAAUAUUCGCAUGUAAAACACGUGUUCAAUCAUAAGUUUUUAUUUUGUACAUAGUAUGAAUAAAAAGAAGUCUUUUAAA